AUGGCAGUGGCACCACAUAGCCCUUCGGCUGUGCAGGAAGCGCUAUCGCUGCCCGAGAUCUUCGCCAUGAUUCUGGAAGCCGAGGAGUGUAGCGGUGACAAGAACUACCUUGUACCUAUUUUGGACGUCCGUGAUCUCAGAAAUGCCAUGCGGGUGAAUCGAUUAUGGUUUGAGAUCGCAGCAGAGAAGAUAUGGGCUGACUGGGGAAUUGAUGUACUGGCGCCUGUUUCACGGCUACAAAAUCUGGAAGAAUUGACUAUCGAUUACCUGCAAUCCAACAUCAUUGAUGUCGAAGCAUUGAUGAAACUGGGCGCUCUUUCAAGGCUUUCAAGACUUCACUUGGGUCCCUUUCCCCACGAGACUAGAAUCAGCCUCGUGCAGUCUGAAUUUUCGGACCAUGACUGUGAGGCGUUGGCCCGUCGAUUGCCGCAUCUCCGCCACCUUCGACUUCGGAUGCAGUGCAAUAUCUCUACUAAAGCGGUGGAAGCAUUUCUACGCCAUUGUCCGAACUUACGGAAGUGCGAGGUGUUCCAGCCGCUCAAUACUGAUAAUUUAUUCACUGCUGCCCCUGGCGUCCUGGUAUUUCCACAGCUAGCUACGUUGAACUUGAAGAGACUAACCGGUGAGGAAAUUAUGAGCCGAAUGACACCAGAAGAAUUUUGUGAUUCAUUCGAGAGUCAGUUUCCUGGUAUAAAAGAGAUGAGGCUUUGGUAUGGCACUGUUGCAGAACACAACUACUACGAGGAAGCUUUUUCGAUAUGGCGAAGCAGGAGGGAAGGAAGAGCUUGGGAUAGUGACGGUAACAGCGAUAGUUCUCAGGAGGAGAGCGAUAGCAGCGAAUCAAUGCAGAAUGACUAG